AUGACGAUCAAGCGACACUUUUUCUGUCUUCCUCAUCCGCUGUAUCUUCCCUUUCUUUCAUCACGUGUCCACCCAGCCACUACUCACACCAGUCAAGGAUUCCCAUCGUGCUGUACUAGCUGCCAAGCACUCAAUUCGCAGCCUGCACAUCGUGUGGGCGUAGGUACCAAGCGCAAAUCCCCGCAAUCUGGCGGUGGCGACUUCUCUACGCCUUUGCGUCCCGUCUCAUCAGCCAUGUGCACCCCUCUUAAUAUCUCGGCUUCAAAACCCAACCCUUCAUCUGGUAUCGCCUUCCACCAUCUUCCACCUCUGCCAGCACCUCGCUUCACCCCCCAACCAAAGAGUAAAGCUGACACCGACACAUUUCUCAAGAAACAGGCAGAAACAAUGAAGCGGCUGCGCAUUCGAGAUCUUGAUGACUCAGAUGAGGACUGGGGCAUAGAUCGGGAUUCUGAUGGAGAACCUCCAGAAAAAAAAUCUCUCCUUAUCAACGCUGGGCUAGUGCCACAGAAAGGUAGCUUAAAGGAUGAGGUCACUGAAGCUAUCUCACCAGGAGGGCAUAUCAUUAAGCGUCGGGCACAUUCAAGGCCCGUUUCCAUUGAACUCCUCAAGAGUGUGAACCACUCACCGUCACCCAAGGCUGAAUGUUCCAAUAUGAAGCCACCCACUGUGCCGAUAACAUUUCCUUCUGUAUCUCGCAAUCGCAAUCGGCCCACUUCCUUUGUUGGUUCGCCCUUUCCUGUACCAUGA